AUGUCCGGCCGCAAGCUGGGAGGCGGCCGCAUCUUGGGCAGCGGUAAGGGCCUCGCCCCUCCUACGCCUCCCGCCGUCCAGGGCCAUCGACGUACCCCGAGUCCCUUUGCUCCCUCCGAGAGCACCCUGUCCAUAAACUCGUCCUCAGCCUCUCCCCCAGUCUCGAGCCCCCUGCCCGACUUUGCCCAGGAUCUUGCCUCAAAUGUCAGCCUCGGCGGGCCCUCGACCACUGCCGCCCAGAGCUCCAAGCUGGUCUGCCCCAUAUGUGACGACGAGAUGUUGACCUUGCUUCAACUCAACAGACACAUCGACGACAACCAUCAAGAAUUGCCCGAGAUCGAGCAGGAUGAGGUCCGCACCUGGUUCGACAAGCAGGUCCUCAAGGCGAAGCGCUUCCAGCCGCUGUCCAUCAUCAACCAGAAACUCCGAGGCCUCGACGUCUUCGAAUCAAACGAGUCCAUGCCCAUUGCCGCGCCCACAGUGACCAAACUGGUAGAAGGCCCCAUGGACCCCGACGAGCUCAUCACCAGGUCCCAUUGGCAGCGCCAGACGAGCAACGACCGAUGCACCGAUCCUACGUGCCCCAAGGGACUCGGUGCCGUCAACGGGAGCAUAAACUGCCGUAACUGCGGGAGGCUUUUCUGCGAGGAACACACCAUGUACCAGAUGAGGCUGUCGAGGGCCGCAAAGCACGAUCCUGUGCGCGGCUACUGGGUCAGAGUGUGCGAAACGUGCUAUAAGUCGAGGGAUGGCUACAACGACCACAACGGUGUCCUGGUUGACCACACGUCGGCCUUUACGGAAAUCCGGCGCAAGAGGGUCGAGAGGCAGAACCUCGAAGUGGCGAGGCUGGAAAAGCGUUUGACCAAGUUGACGCAGCUGCUUGCGAACGCGCCCCAAGAUGCCACAGCCAACGGCGGCGGGAAUCUGCUCGCACCUGUAGCCACGCUAACCGGCCAAAAGAACCAACGGAAGCUGCUGGAGCAGUCGGUCGUGACCUGGGAAGACGACGCUUCCGUCACGCAGUGCCCGUUCUGCCAGCAAGAGUUCGGGUCCUGGACGUUUAGACGACACCACUGCCGGAUAUGCGGCCGCGUGGUCUGCGCCGAUCCGCUCACAGGCUGCUCGAGUGAAGUGGGCUUGAGCAUAGCCAAUCCGACGAACCCGGCAACGGAAAAGCCCCCGACGACAGCGCAGCCCGGCCAGCUCAGCAUCGACGUCCGCAUGUGCCGUGAGUGCAACCACACGAUAUUUUCGAAGCGCGAUUUCGCGGCGACCCUGUCCUACAAGCCUCCAGACCAACGCGCCUACGAGACGCUUCGUCAGUUCGAACGCGGCAUUCGCCAGCUUAUGCCCAUAUUCCAGCGGACCCUGUUGGCAUUGCAGCCAGAAUCCGAGGACGGGUCAGAACUUUCGAGGCCGCCACCGACCCACGCCCAGAUCCAAGAGGCGUCCAAAAUACGCAAACGCCUCACCGAUGCCUUUACAAAGUACGACAUGGCCGCGCGCCGUCUGCGCGACAUGAAGACGAAAUCCAAGACUCAGCUCCGUCUGCAGCAGGCCGUCUACGCAGCCGCCUCCUCAUUUCUGCACACGCACAUGCUGACGCUCAAAUCUGUUCCGCAAAUCCUCCGGUCUCGGUCGUCCCAGGCAUCCCGCCUCCGGACGCUCCAGUCGGGCAGCAUCAACGGGUCGUCAUCGUCCCUGCACCUGUCGCCCCUCCGCAAUCAGGAGCUCGCCGAGUCGGAAACGGCGAGCCAGGCCAGCGAGACCAGCACCGCCGUGUCGGCGCUGGAGACGGAGGAGAAGGAGGCCCGCGAGCGGCUGGUGGUCCUCGAGGAGCAACGCUUCAUGGUGCAGCAGAUGGUGGACAACGCACGGGACGCUCGGCGGUUCGAGGAGGUCAGCGCGCUGACACGCAACGUGGAGGAGCUCGACAGGGAGAUCGAAAAAGCAAAGAAGAACGUCGGCGGCGUCGAGGAACGGUGGGAGGGUCUAUACGCGUCCGGCCUGGCGCGAUGA